UUGGCUCCUGCCUGUUGCUGAUGCUGAGGCGGGGUUUUCAUCAUGGAGCUGUCGCGGCGCAUUUGUCUCGUCCGACUGUGGCUGUUGCUACUGUCGUUCUUACUGGGCUUCAGCGCGGGAUCUGCCCUCAACUGGCGGGAACAAGAAGGCAAGGAAGUAUGGGAUUACGUGACUGUUCGAGAGGAUGCACGCAUGUUCUGGUGGCUCUACUAUGCCACCAACCCUUGCAAGAACUUUUCAGAGCUGCCCCUGGUCAUGUGGCUUCAGGGUGGUCCAGGUGGUUCUAGCACUGGAUUUGGAAACUUUGAGGAAAUCGGCCCUCUUGACACCCGACUCAAGCCACGGAACACUACCUGGCUGCAGUGGGCCAGUCUCCUGUUCGUGGACAAUCCUGUGGGCACGGGCUUCAGCUACGUGAACACGACAGAUGCCUACGCAAAGGACCUGGACACGGUGGCUUCCGACAUGAUGGUCCUCCUGAAAUCCUUCUUUGAUUGUCAUAAAGAAUUCCAGACGGUUCCGUUCUACAUUUUCUCAGAAUCCUACGGAGGAAAGAUGGCUGCUGGCAUCAGUUUAGAACUUCACAAGGCUAUUCAGCAAGGGACCAUCAAGUGCAACUUCUCUGGGGUUGCUUUGGGUGACUCCUGGAUCUCCCCUGUUGAUUCAGUGCUGUCCUGGGGACCUUACCUGUACAGCGUGUCUCUCCUUGAUAAUAAAGGCUUGGCUGAGGUGUCCGACAUUGCGGAGCAAGUCCUCAAUGCUGUAAACAAGGGCUUCUACAAGGAGGCCACUCAGCUGUGGGGGAAAGCAGAAAUGAUCAUUGAAAAGAACACCGACGGGGUAAACUUCUAUAACAUCUUAACUAAAAGCACCCCCGACACCUCUAUGGAGUCGAGCCUCGAGUUCUUCCGGAGCCCCUUAGUUCGUCUCUGUCAGCGCCACGUGAGACACCUACAAGAAGACGCCUUAAGUCAGCUCAUGAACGGUCCCAUCAAAAAGAAGCUCAAAAUUAUCCCUGACGACGUCUCCUGGGGAGCCCAGUCGUCUUCCGUCUUCAUAAGCAUGGAAGAGGACUUCAUGAAGCCUGUCAUCGACAUCGUGGAUAAGUUGCUGGAAGUCGGGGUCAAUGUGACUGUGUACAAUGGGCAGCUGGAUCUCAUUGUGGACACCAUAGGUCAGGAGUCCUGGGUUCAGAAGCUGAAGUGGCCACAGCUGUCCAAAUUCAAUCAGCUAAAAUGGAAGGCCCUGUACACCGAUCCUAAGUCUUCAGAAACAUCUGCGUUUGUCAAGUCCUAUGAGAACCUAGCAUUCUACUGGAUCCUAAAGGCGGGUCACAUGGUUCCUGCUGACCAAGGGGACAUGGCUCUGAAGAUGAUGAGGCUGGUUACUCAGCAGGAGUAGCUGAGCUGAGCUGGCCCUGGAGGCCCUGGAGCAGGGCCCAGGAUGCAGGUGCUAAUGUCUAUCCCCGGCGCUCUUCUUCCCGACUCUACCAUGGGAUGUAACUCCGGGAGCCCCUGCCAUCUCCCGUACCGAAAGACUGUGGCUUCCGUGUCUACUCAGAAAUCAGUUCUACUUCGUAAACAGUGUUUAAAACCAGACUCAUUUAAUCAGAGUGAAGGAUUGCAGUCCAUUGGCCUCUUAGCACAGAAGCAGCUGAUAACACAUGUAAACGCCAGCCCUUGAGAGGUAGAAGCAAGAGGAUCAGAGGUUCAAGCGCAUCCUCGGCUCCAUCACAAGUUCAAAAGCUGCCUGCACCAAAUGGGAGUCCCUGUCUCCAAAAAAAAAAAAAAAAGCAAAGAAAGCAAAGGACUCGGUGACGAGAUUUAUAGACAAAAGCAGUGGGAGAAAAUACUGAGCUGCCAGUCAGGUGUCUGUGACUACGGGCCUUUUAUCUGCUACAUAUAUAUUUUUACAAAAAUGAAAUCCAUAUUGUUCGCUAUUUUGCUGUCUGCUUUGCUCCCGUAUCAACAUGACCUGCACGUCUUUUCCCAUCAAUAAAUGUGCCAUGAUAUUUUUAA